AUGCUAACAAUUCGAAAGUGCCCGGAGAGACUAAUUCUACACCUUGACGAUGUGGAGGCCAUUAAAGUGUCAAUGCUGCCAACGGAGGAGGGCAGCAUAAUUCACCUUAAGCGAACUGAUGUACCCGAGACAAUACUGAAAUCGAAAGUCAUGGAUCAUUUGCGUGCUCUCCGUGAACUUCAAUAUGAAAACAUCCACCCUUUCAUUGGAGUUUAUUUGGAGAGCAAAUCCUCCUAUCUGGUUUAUGAAUACUGUAGCAGAGGGAGUCUGCAGGGCAUGCAUUUUCUGCAGAAGUCUUUCGUGAGAGUGCACGGAAGGCUCAAAUCUAGUAACUGCGUUAUCAGUGUACGAUGGGUUUUGAAGAUCACCGACUUCGGCGUGGGCAAAGUCCAGAAUUGCUACAGAGAUUUCCAACCAACUGAUUCUGAGGGUGAGUGA